CGCAAAGUCAUGAUCUCGCACGUCGAUAAUGACAUAAUCUUUCUUUGGAACUUUUGUCUUGUUUUUCAGAAGUUGUAUGAUUUCUGUGUCGUGAACAAGUGGGGCGGUAAACGAGGACAUGGUAAACGGCUCCUGUUAGAUGGUUUCUCUCUUGACUUGGUAGGAAAUGAACCGUGACGGCCUUUUACAUAAAACUCAAAGCUGCCAAAAAUGAGCCGCUUGGCGAUCAAACACUUUCCUUCGAAACAAUGUAUAACGGCAUUGGAUUGUCUACACCUCGUGGUUCAGGAACCAACGGUUAUGUUGUUCGAAAUUUAUCCUCUCUGCGCCCUCAAAAUACAAAGCCUAGAGAACAGUUUGGAUCCUAUGGUGAUGCACAAAGAUCAAGUCCAGCUAUUAGGCAGCCUAACCAAGAGAUUCUUCUUCAUGAUCGCAAGCGACAAAUUGAAGUAGAAUGUUUAAAGUUGAAAAUGACUCUUGAAGAUGAUGGCAUCCCUGAAGACGAAAUUGAAGCCAAAGUACAACAGUUGAGAGAAUCCUUGCUUUCAAAGCUGGAAUCUGUGAAAGCCAAAGACGCAAAAAGUUUACGCACUCACGAGACACAUCAGCUCUCAGAGGCUAAGCAGUUUGAAAACAAAAAGAUGAUGCAAGCUUUGAGAAUUCAGGAAACUGAUUAUGUUGAAGGUGCGGCAUUUGAUCAAGAGCUUCAAAAGAAGCUGAAGCAGGAACGCAUCGCCAAAAGAGAGGCUGAAUGGGCAGAACGACAAGCACAGCGUGAAAAGGGCCGAAGAAAACCCAGUCCUCGACGAUCCAGAAAUACUAAGAGAGACAGAAGCCCAUCAGAGCCUCGCCGAUCAAGGAGUCCUGAUCCAAAGCAUCGCAGAAUCUCAGAAAGGCGUCACCCGUCAGCGAGUCCUGUCAAGGAAGACGAAAAAGUACCUGAGAGAGGCCGUCCUCUUCGUCGAUCCAGAACGACAGAAGCUACAGCUCCGAUAGCAGAGACAGCAGAGAUCGAUCGCCUCCUCGUCGACGUUAAUUGUAGUUAGUUUGAGCAUAAUCCAUUGGUAUAACAUACAGAGAACAUGUACUCUCAACUUUGGAUACAAUAUAUAUCUAAAAAUUAAAAAAGACAACGGUUGGUACAAACUACUGCAAAGCAUAGGAAA